AUGGCCGUCGAUGGUCAGCGCAAUAUUGUUCCUGAAUCGCUGCUAAGUCGUGAGCUUCACCUGCGCGUCGGCGACGCGGACGGCCACAUCUCGGCCGUCGGCCGCUUUUUGGCCAGCCAGCGCGCCAACCUUGAUCACAGGCUCUGCGAUGUGCGGCUGGAGACGUGCGAAGGUGGGGUGGAGCACGCGCAUUCCGUGCUCCUCGUCGCCCACAGCAAGAAGCUCGCCGAGAUGCUGAACGAAAGUGGACCGCCGCUGGUCGUCACCCUGCCCGACAACGACAUCCACGAGGUGACGCCCAUUCUCGACUUCCUGUACACGGGCGAAGCUCGGAUCCGGGCACCGAAGUUGGCCUCGCUGAUGAAUCUCGCCAAAUUCCUGCAACUUGACGAUUUGCACGAGAAGUUGGAGAAUCGUAUUUUAGACGAAUGCCGCGAUAGCUCGCAGAAUUGUGUCCGUCUGAUCAACGACCUCUUCAAGGGGGAGACGAUCGGCGUCAAGCAGGAGUCGAUCAGCACAAUCCUUGGCGCCUUUCUUAGCCACGACCGUGUCCUCAGCGCCAAUGACAUCUCCACGUUGCCGGCCAUCUUCGUCAAGCACCUCAUCUCAGCCCGUCACUUCACCACCGCCGAGAAGUUGAAGGCGAUCAACAUCGGUCUCACUUGGAUGCGCGCCGAUUUGGAUAAUCGCCAGGAAACUAUCUGCCAAAAUGCUGGAUUCUCCUCGUUUGGAGAUAAGACGAAUGGAGUCUUUCGUGAGGAUCUUCGCCAGAAGGGCGCGAAUGUGCACGUUGGCCGGGAUCGGAACGGGGCCGUCUAUGUGGCCAAGGGCGCUCCGUUGCCAACAGCCGAAUGCCUCGUCUCCUCUUCGAGUGUGAACGUCAAUGACGACGCCGACGAGAAAUCGCUGUGCAACUCGAUGUUUGCCUCGCCCUAUGGGUCGCCGUCUUUCAUCGAGGAGCUGCGCGAGAUGACCGACCGCCUCGGAGAUCCGUUUGGCCGAAGGGUGGCCGUCACGGCGCCGGCUCGCAGCACGAUCACGUACAACACAGCCCUGGAGAAUUCGCGUGGGCCGUACGGACCCCCUUCUGAUGCCUCCUACCGCCCGUUCGACCAGUCUCUCAACACUAGCCGUCAGGGGAUGAACAACAACGGAUACGGCCCCGACCAGUCGGUCUUCUGCGCUGGGAUGAAUGUCCCGGACAUGGGCCAAUCGAUGCAGAACUACUCUUCCUUUGGCACCAUCCCUGCCCUUUCCCAAUCGCUCAUCCCUCGCGACCGCCAAGCCGCCACCAACUCGGCCUACUUCUUC